AUGAUGGAUAUGUCAGGAUUGUUCCUGUCCAGCGUGUACAGAUCUUGGGUAGACAAUGAAAGGACACAAUCGUUUAAAGAAGAGGCUGGACCUAAAGCUGAAACGCCGGAAAACCCUUUCUGUAUGGUAGCGGCUAUUGACUUUGGAACCACAUUUAGCGGCUAUGCUUACUCUUUUACCUCCAAUGAAAGCGACAUCUAUAUUAACGCCAACUGGGGAGCAAGUGUUGGUCAACAGCUCUACCGGACGCCAACUACGGUGUUAAUCAGCCCGGAUCAAUCUGAGGCAUAUUUUGGAUUCGAAGCGCAGCAGAAGUUUCUUGAAGAAUUAGAGCCAGAGGAGGUUUCAGAGUGGUGCCUGUUUGAACGGUUCAAAAUGAAGCUGAAUGCAGAAUUGGAGAUAAAUCCCAGAACAACAAUGCUUCAGGCCGAUAACGGAACAUCUCUCCCUGCUCAAGUAGUCUUUUCCCAUGCAAUUAGGUUGCUUAAAGAGCACUUGCUCGAGUCGCAAAAACAGUCCGUCUUGGCUACAGAGGUAUUAUGGGUGAUCACAGUGCCCUCUGUCUGGUCAGAUCAAGCAAAGGAGUUUAUGCGGUUAUCUGCAAUAAAGGCAGGUAUUCCGCGAGAACAGCAGUUAAUCGCAUACGAGCCAGAAGCGGCGUCUCUGUAUUAUCUGAAACAGUGCAAACAGACGCCGCAGAGAAAUCCUGCUGGCACCGUGUCGCUUGACAUCAACAAACCCGGAGUUACAUUUAUAGUCGCCGAUCUGGGGGGCGGGACAGCGGACAUCACAGUCCAACAGAUUGACCGAACUACCUUAAAACCUAAAAUUCUGAGCAGGCCCACAGGGGGACCGUGGGGAGGAGACGCCGUGAAUGUGGAGUUUGAAAAACUUCUAGAUUCGGUAUUCGGAAAAGAAAAAAUGGAUGGCUUCCGCGCCUUGCACCCAGAUCAUUGGCAUCGCAUCAUCAGAGAAUUUGAAAUCAAGAAACGAACUCUAUCGCCAGUCAAGCAAGUUCCAACUCGUCUAGUGUUUCCUGCAGGUUUUCUCUCCUAUGCUAGCUCUCACCAGAUGUCACUUGCCGAAUCAUGUAGCAUGUACGAACCAAAAGGAGCUUUAACGUGGAGCAUCGAUAAAAUUCGCAUUUCUAGUGACGUCAUGCGAGGACUUUUCGAGCGUACAAUUAAAGCAAUUUCCGAUCACUUGUGGGAGUUCAUAACAACAAAUGAAAACAAUAUAUCUUUCCUUGUUCUUGUUGGCGGAUUUUCAGACUGUCCUUUACUGCAGGAAGCAAUUACGGAAAGGUUCAAAGGUCGUUUGAAGGUCAUAACACCAGGCAAUGAUGGCGGUUUGUGUGUUGUAAAGGGGGCGGUAGUGUAUGGACAAAACCCCGCCAUAUUCAAACAGCGCGUGGCUGGCUAUACGUAUGGCAUCGAAUGCGUCGAACCAUUUGAUAAAAACUCACACCCGAUUGAACUUAAAGAAGUCUACGAAGGUGGAGUUGAAAAAUGCGCUCGAGUAUUCAAAACUAUAAUCAAGAAAGAUGAAUCGGUGAAAGAAGGAGAGGUUAGAAAACUCCGGUUCCACGCCGUCAGAUCCCGUCAAAACAGUAUGACUUUACCAGUUUACGCAAGUGAAAAGAAAGACGUUAAGUUUACAAAUGAAGAGAAAACGUGGAAAAUUGCUGACCUUGAAGUCCGGAUGCCUAUCCAGAAAGGGGGUACAAAACGACAGGUAGAAGUACUGAUAAAUUUCAGCAGAACCACCAUUUCUGUUCGAGCCCUAGAUUUGGCAAGCAAUAACACGACCGAAGCUACCCUGAAUUUUUUCAACGAUUACAGUUAAAAUAAAGACGCAUUUUCGAGAAAUAUAUCUACUUUUCAGACGAAGAUGACAAACAAUAACAUGUUCCAGUGCGCAAGUAGCAUAUUACCAUUAAAAGAUAUUCAUGUGCCUGUAGGACGGAAUUAUAUAAUUUUCUUUUCCUUUGUGUUUGUAUUACAACGUCGACACUUUUCUUCUUUGCAGCAUUAUUAUCAAAGUACUGCCCCCAAGUGAUCUUAUCUAUAGAAUUUGC